AAUUUUUGACAGAAACAUUUUUUUUACUAAAAACUAGUUUAUUUAACCAGAUGCUUCUAUUCAUAAAAACUUCAUUCUAAGUUUAUCAUGCUUCCAAAUAUCUGCAAAUUUAAACCAAUUCAAAUAUUUCACCCAGAAGGUGCUGCAAGUCCGACAUUAUUAUCAAUUUUCGAUCAAAUGAAAAAAAGGCUUGGAUUUGGAAGAAAGGAAUUAAAAAGAGAACCAAUUCCUAUAGAGAAUAAUGAACCCUAUGAGUGUGAAUGGAAUCGUAUAGAAUCAAAAUAUCGAAAAGGAUGUCCUCAUUCAUUUGAAGAUUAUCGUUCUGAUGACCAUGGCCAUUCUGACCAUCAUUAGAUCCUACUGACAGGUUAAAAUAUGUUACGAGAACAAGAUCACGAAGAAGCGAUUCUGAGGUUGCUGAGAAUUUUAAAAGUUUUUUCACACAAACUAAAAAUAUCGAUAUGCCUUCCACUACUUUUCAAAGAGGAAAAUGUCUUUAAAAUUUUGAAACCAACUGAGCAGUAUUUAUUCCAAGAAACCUGCAAUUCAUACAACUUUUCUAACCAAACUUCAAAAAAGGAAAUUUUUGAAGAUGAAGUUUCUCUUGCUGAUCCAAAACUAUCGCUUCUUUUAGAGAUUCUUUUCACCUAUCCUGAAAUAAAUAGAGUGACGAAGGAACUAAUGUCAAAUGUUUCACCCAAAUCAAGAAAUUUAAUUGAAUACUUAUCUCAAUUUAUUGAAAUAGUCGAUCAAAGAAUUCGAACUAGUCCGGCUGAAGAAAGAAAUUACAGACUGAAACUUCUCAGUGCUUCUACGAAUCUACAAAAAUCUAAAAGUGAACUCAUACCUUUACAAAAUAAUUUGGAAGAACGAAGAAGAAAACACCAUGACCUUAUGAAGGAAGUUUCUGAAAAAGUUGCUAAUUAUAAAUCAAUUAUCAAAGACAGACAAGCGGAACAUGAAGCAAGUAUUAAAAAGAUAAUAAGCGAUUCGAAAUUCAAAAUGAUUGGCGCGUAUCUGAAAAGUCGAGAAAAACAAAAAGCUUUGGAAAAUCAAAUUGCGGAUUAUAAAAAACAAUUCGUAAAAGUAUUGCAAGAAUAUGCUAAUCGGGAAAAAAGUCUUCGUGAUUUACGUUUAAAGUCUGAGAAGAAACAUAUGGCUUCUAUCAUUAAAUACGAUACGGAAAUUGGUUCUUUACACCAAACAAAAGUAGAUUUAACGGAAGAAUUACAAAAUUUAGACAUGGAGCUCAAAAAACUUGAGGAACAAUUUGCCGUACAAGAAAUAAUUUUUAGAAAAAUGAAAGAAGAAAAGGAGGCACUGUUGAUGAGAUCUUUCGCUGAGCAAAUAGAAAAUUUUUCUAAGAAUCGCGCUGCGAAAAUAAUACAGAGAACGUGGAGGGCUUAUCAUAUUCGGAUGAUGUCUAUGAAAAAAAAGAAGAAAUCUAAACGGAAAUAACAUCACCUGAUGUUUCCAAUUAUUAUGAAAAAUGUUUUCUCGAUUCUAAAUAAAGUAUACGUAAACAAUUAAAACAAUAAAUUCUCUGAACAAGGGAUUGAAAUCUCUUGACUCAAUCUAGUUUUUAUUAGUCAUAUCGAACAGAAAAUAGAAACAUACUUUGCUCUUCUUUUACCAACCUUUUUACUUAUUACGCAUAAGUAAUUAAUUAUUUUAAUUAUUUCAAACAAUUAAAAUAUUAUUUUUAUCCAUUAUAAAAAUUAUCAAUUGAGUCAUAC